AUGCUCAAGAGGUAUCUCCAUACAACCAGACCCUCGCGAGCUGUUAAGCCCGUUUUCAAACCGCAUAAUCCCAGAAAGGGUAUCAAGACAUUUGAUGAUAACUUCGCAACCCUGGAGAAGAAGGAUGAGAGAAAAAUAUGGGAGCGAAUGGACAUUUCGAAGCAUGAGUUCUUCAUAAGAAAGUACGGCAACAUCACCCCCGAAGAGAGGAAAAGAUUGGACGAGAAGGUAGCACGGCAAAGAAGGCUACGAGAAGAACGCAGAAAACAUGAGUUGGGCGAUGCUUACGUUGAAAAGAGCGAGAGGGGACCUAUUACCCUCAAUCCACUUUCAGAAUACCUUUAUGGGACGCAUCCAGUGAUUUCAGCCCUUACUGCUGGCAAAAGGAAGGGUUUCAGCAACUUGUACAUAUUCAAUCCCAAGGACGAAACCCCUAAGAUUCUUCUGCUAGCGAAGAAGUACGGAAUUAAAGUUAGGCAGAAGAAAUCUAAGGCUGAAAUGGCCCGACUCUGUUCAAACGGUGUUCACAACGGUGUCGUCCUAGAAACAAAACCACUUAACCCACCACAAAUUUGGAAUGUUGAUGCGUUCAGCAGUGAAUCUGGAGAGUAUGAUGUUACUUGUGUUGAGGAUGUUCAGAGAAAGAAGCACACGAAAAGGCAUAGAUUGGCAAGGGAUACAAGCAACACUUCAGGCGGCAGCUUUCCGCUUGGAAUAUACCUUGAUGGCAUCACGGAUCCUAUGAAUCUUGGGAACAUAGUUCGUUCCGCAUACUGCUUGGGGGCAGACUUUAUCGUAGUUCCCAGCUUAGACUCUGCGAAAAUGGGUCCCGUCGCAGCCAAAGCAUCAGCAGGAGCCCUUGAUAUGAUGACCAUCUAUAAGACAGACGAAACGCAAUCACUUUUUAGUCGGUUAAAGAAAGGUGGCUGGAACAUAGUCGCCUCAAGUGCCAAGCUGAAGGAUGAGCCAACCAAUGCAAAGUUCAUCGAGACGAGCGACUUGCAAAUCUUGCUAAGCGAGGCGCCUGCGAUGCUAGUGCUUGGGAGUGAAGGAAGUGGAAUAAAGAAGAAUUUGAAGUCGAUUUGCGACUACCACGUUGCGUUGGAGAAGACGAGAGUGGGUGACGAGGACAAUGUUGUCGACUCCUUGAAUGUGGGAUGUGCUUCAGCGUUGCUUAUAAGCCACUUUUUGGGGUAA